UUUAUCUAAAAACUGCCUUUGCUUGGAUUUGUGGUUUGGAAAAACCCGAUGAACUCGAUACUCAAUCAAUCUGUUCGGAUGGUCAUCCACAUGAUAAUGCCAGUAAUCGACGAAGUAUCACUUCAAUUCGUGAUGAACAUGUUUCGUCAUGGCAUAAAGAAUGUUCCUAUGCCGCAAUUAUUAUGCUCGCUUUAUGUGCUUUUGUUUGGGCUUUUUUUACUGAUUAUCGAAUACGAUUAAAUUAG